GCUCAGCAGUGCCGUGCAUCUGUCUCUUGCGUCAACAGUGUUUGGAUGGAACAGACCCAGGGACACCCUUUGCUCCAGCCUCUGACCACCCUCCAACAUUUUUUCCAGUCGCAAUCUUCAGAAUCAGCCACUCAGUUAUUCUCGGUCACCGGGACCAGCCAACACCGUUUUUCGAGAUUAACUCCUUAUUACCGAUCAACCAUGAGCUCCCAGAUUCAUCAGAAUUAUUCCACUGAGGUGGAGGCCGCCAUCAACCGCCUGGUCAACAUGCAUCUGUGGGUCUCCUACACCUACCUCUCUCUGGGCUUCUAUUUUGAUCCCGACGAUGUGGCUCUGGAGGGCGUGGGCCACUUUUUCCUCGAAUUGGCCGAAGAGAAGUGCGAGGGCGCUGAGUGUCUCUUGAAAAUGCAAAACCAGCGCGGCGGCCGCGCCCUCUUCCGGGAUGUGCAGAAGCCAUCUCAGGAUGAGUGGGGUAAAACCCAGGACGCUAUGGAAGACGCCAUUCUCAUGGAGAAGAACCUGAACCAGGCCCUUCUGGAUCUGCCUGCCCUGGGUUCUGCCCAUGCAGACCCCGACCUCUGUGGCUUCCUGGAGAGCCACUUCCUAGAUGAGGAGGUGAAACUCAUCAAGAAGAUGGGUGACCACCUGACCAACCUCCACAGGCUGGCUGGUCCCCAGGCUGGGCUGGGCAAGUAUCUCUAGGAAAUACUCACCCUCAAGCAUGACUAGGAGCCUCUGGAGCCCAGCGGCCUUUGAGGAGCCCCUCUGGUGACAGGGCUUCUGCUUGAAGCCCGUCUCUGCAGCCACUAGGCAGCUUUUUAACCACCCCGGCGCCCUCUCCCAAGCCUUGGACC